GGCCUGGCGCCUAAUGGCCGCCCGCAGAGGACCCUCGCAGCGCGUCCACACCUUAGGUUCGCCUGGCGCGCCGAGAGCGCGGCCGCGGUGUUGGGUUUCUGCGGGCGACCUCGCAGCCAAGGGCUGGGGGAGGGCGACUGGGCAGAGGAAGGCGUCCUUCCCAGCACCGGGAAAAAAACAGCAGAAGGGAAGAAGCGCAGCGAUGGAGACGGUCAGCUCGGCCUACGGGUGGGAAACUGAGGCUCAAGCGUGGCAGGGACUGCCCAAGGUUUGAUUUCUGAUGACUCUGGCCUGAGUUCCAGGAUGGUUUUUUCUUGGGACCAGACAUGAACAAAAGUUGACCUCAUGAGCACUUCAACCUCUCCAGCUGCCAUGCUCCUCCGGAGGCUGCGGCGACUCUCCUGGGGCAGCACUGCUGUCCAGCUCUUCAUCCUAACAGUGGUGACAUUUGGCCUGCUGGCCCCCCUGGCCUGUCACCGACUUCUACACUCUUACUUCUAUCUGCGCCAUUGGCAUCUGAACCAAAUGAGCCAAGAGUUCCUGCAGCAAAGCUUGAAAGAGGGCGAGGCUGCCCUCCACUAUUUUGAGGAGCUUCCCUCUGCCAAUGGCUCAGUGCCCAUUGUCUGGCAGGCCACCCCCCGGCCCUGGCUGGUGAUCACCAUCAUCACCGUGGACAGACAGCCUGGCUUCCACUACGUCCUGCAGGUGGUGUCCCAGUUCCACCGGCUUCUUCAGCAAUGUGGCCCGCAGUGCGAGGGGCACCAGCUCUUCCUGUGCAACGUGGAGCGCAGUGUGAGCCAUUUUGAUGCCAAGUUGCUCUCCAAGUAUGUCCCUGUGGCCAAUCGCUAUGAGGGCACUGAGGAUGAUUAUGGUGAUGACCCUUCAACCAACUCAUUUGAGAAAGAGAAGCAGGACUAUGUCUAUUGCCUGGAGUCAUCCCUGCAGACCUACAACCCAGACUACGUCCUGAUGGUGGAAGACGAUGCUGUUCCAGAAGAGCAGAUCUUCCCAGUCUUGGAGCAUCUUCUGCGGGCUCGCUUCUCUGAGCCACAUCUCAGAGAUGCCCUUUAUCUCAAGCUCUAUCACCCCGAGAGGCUCCAGCACUACAUCAACCCAGAGCCCAUGCGGAUCCUGGAGUGGGUUGGUGUAGGCAUGUUGCUGGGGCCCUUACUAACCUGGAUAUACAUGAGGUUUGCCAGCCGCCCAGGGUUUAGCUGGCCUGUAAUGCUCUUCUUCUCCCUGUAUAGCAUGGGUCUGGUGGAGCUGGUGGGUCGGCACUAUUUCCUGGAACUGCGGCGGCUGAGUCCUUCCCUGUACAGUGUGGUUCCUGCCUCUCAGUGUUGCACCCCAGCCAUGCUCUUCCCUGCACCUGCGGCCCGCCGGACCCUCACCUACCUGUCCCAAGUGUACUGCCACAAGGGCUUUGGCAAGGACAUGGCACUGUACUCGCUGUUGAGGGCCAAGGGAGAGAGGGCCUAUGUAGUGGAGCCGAACCUCGUGAAACACAUUGGGCUCUUCUCCAGUCUCCGGUACAACUUUCAUCCCAGUCUCCUCUAGGGUGCCAAGAAAUGCCUUUCUGAAGUUGGCCACUUCUUGAAGAUUCAAAUAUUGAUCUCUUUAUUUAGACAUGGUUGCCUGCAGGUAUUUCACUGUUUGCUGUUGUUAGAGAUAUAGGCACUGGGGCAGCUGAGGAACAUGAAUAAGUCAAGAGCCUUGGCUUUGGUAGCCUCCUGGCAGGAGCAGCAGUUUGCCACAGGUCCGGACCUCUCCCUCCACACAGCCACACUGCCUCAUGCAGUCUGACCCACCCAGUGAGGGUGCAUUUGAACCCCGGUUAUAUUCUCCAUCUGUUUUUAAGCUCUGCUUUGUGAUAGAGCUUGUGACUGCCAAAAAUCUUGUGCACAGUGAUAUGACUGUUUUAGGAUCUUAAGGGUAGGAUUUUGUGAAAGGUGAGAUCCUUUGGAAUUGAGUUCUUUCUCAUUGGGUAUGAAAAUGGAUGUAUGUUUAGAAUAUAUGCCUAACGAGGCAGGACCAUGUAGAUAGAUUCCAUCUAUUUCCUUGACCUGGUAUAAUAAAAACUGAUAAAAGCCGUGCAGUACCCAGCAUCUUGGAGGCAGGUGAUCUGGCUUUUCUGUUACCUGGCAUUUUCAUUUCCUGUAUAUCUGUAGUGCACUGAUAAUUGAUAUUGUUAAUGAGAACUUUAAGGCACGACAAGAUCUGGAAAAGCUUCUGAACCAUCAAAGUCAGAUUGCUUAUGUUGAGUAGUGAUUUAACAUUGAACAUUUCUGUACUACUCUGACUCUUUGAAAACUGGACAUUUCAGAAUGAUAUAGUGUGGAUGAGCUCUUUACAAGUGGCAUAUCAUUUUUCCUGACUUUGUUGGCUGACUGCUUACCCUUAUUUCUUUUUCUUCUAGGUAGCAUGAUGUUAUAGGAAAAAAAAAAAA